AUGGUAGAGGGCAUGAUAAAAAAGCUAACUGCUAUUUUAUUUGGGCUUGUAUUGGCUGUAUUAUUUCGAGUAAUUAUACCCUUUACUCUGCGACUUAAAAGCGCUGAAAUAACCAUCAAUGUGCUUAACUGUUUUAAUUUUCUAACAAGUACCGUUUCAAUUAUUUUAUGCCUUAAUUUGGUCAGCCUAUACUUAGCCAAUUUGCGUGAUGAUUGGCUUGUUCUAGGGCUUAUACCGCUGCAGAUACUCGUCCUUCAUUGGACGUACUUCGCAAUUUCAAAACAACUAGAAGCCAUGAACAUGAGCUAUAGUACAUUCGUGGAUAGCUUAAACCUUAAAUGGCUGGCUUACUCCAAUUUUAACAAGACAGAUUGGCCUUCGGUUGAAAAUGCGGUUUUAUGCUGUGGACUGGAGGGUCCCCGUUCUUAUAUGGAUUAUCUACAAGGGGUUCCAACCCACUGCUAUCAUCCCGACCUUAUCACCCAAGGUUGCAGUGACUUUGUUAAAAACAUUUUUAUGCCGAUGCAACAAAUAAGUAAGUUGCUGCUCAGAUUGGCAAUUUUUGUGGAACUGGUAAUAUUACUUACUCUUGCUGCAACGCUUUUAAAGAAAUGCAUUUCUUUGAUUGGCGAAAGGAAACAUAAAAGAAUUAUUACACAGGGGCUUGCGGUACUAAUAGAUUUAUUUAAAAACACAUUUUAAACACAAGCCUUUUUCACCCAAACCAGACACUACUGCCCUAUGCACAACACGACA